UCUGUUUGGUUGCACAGAAAACGCGAGAAAGUCUGAGAAAAUUGCAAUAAUCCUUCGCACCUUUCUCUCUUUCUUGACUUCGCUUCUGGAUCUGUUUCUUCAUUCGACACUCUUCGCAAGUUCAAUUCUCUGCUUAAGAAUCGAUACUGCACAUUCUCUCUCUCUCUCUCUCUUACUCGGAAUUUUCUCUCUGAAAUUUCCUGGAAAAUCGGUUCCCAGAGAUGAUGGAGAAACAACGAUUGUGUUUCUAUCUCGGCACAUUUCUGUUCGUCAGGGUUCUGUUUGCGCAAGCGGAGGCGUAUACUGAUCCGCUUGAAGUUUGGGUUCUUCAAGAUCUGUUCAAGGCCCUGAACAGUCCACAGCAGCUGAAAGGAUGGAAAUUGCAAAGUGGAGAUCCUUGUGGAGAAUCCUGGAUGGGAGUCACCUGUUCCGGUUCGUCCAUAGUAGAGUUUCGAAUCCCGGGGUUAAGGAUUUGGGGCAGUCUCGGAAGCCAUCUUAACCAUCUUCACAACUUGAAGAUUCUGGAUGUGAGCUUCAACUUUCUCCAGGGUGAAAUUCCGUAUGGAUUGCCUCCGAAUGCGACCCACCUAAACAUGGCAUAUAACAAUCUGAGCCAAAGCAUUCCUUACUCCUUAUCUCUACUGACAUCUCUUCAGUAUCUGAACCUGAGCCAUAAUUCAUUAUCUGGACCUCUUGGAAAUGUGUUUUCCGGGAUGCAACUAAAAGAAAUGGAUCUAUCCUCCAAUAAUCUGACCGGAGAUUUACCAAGCUCUUUUGGAUCUCUCAUGAGUCUGACUUCACUGUACCUUCAGAACAACAGAUUCACUGGAUCAGUCGUCUACCUAGCAGAUCUUCCCUUAAUUGACCUGAAUAUUGAAGAUAAUGAGUUUAGUGGUGUACUACCUAGUCAUUUUCAGUCUAUUCCUCAUCUGUGGAUUUGGGGAAACAAGUUUCAGGUAGACCAAAACUACAAACCGUGGAGGUUUCCUUUGGACGUAAUCCCGAUGAUGCAAAAUGCCAGUGGCUUACCGACAACUCAGUCAAGCGCCAUGAAGCGCUUCCCUGGCCCAGAAAAACAGGGGAAACACAAGAAGAGGGUGGUAGCUGGAAGUAUCGUUAUAAUGGUUGGAGGAAUGGCUUUGCUGGGAACUUUCGUCGCGGUAUUUGCCGUUCGCUUUAGUCAUAAACGAGCACGAAAGCUCAGUAGUCACAGAAGUGACAUUAGCACAACAUACUCCCUUCCAAUCAGUACAACAAGAGAUUUUUCUGUUGAAGAUAGCCCACAGAUCAUGAGGGUCCGACACCCGCCAAUAAAAAUCGAGAGAACAACCAGUAGAAAAAGCUUCUCAGGGACAUGCCAAUUUCCGGCAUACGUGGACCAGUUCUCAUUUGCAGAACUUCAAUUAGCCACCAACAGUUUCAGUGAGGAAAACCUACUUGCAGAGGGUCCUCUUGGUUCUGUUUACAGAGCUAAGUUGCCAGAUGGUCAAUUUUCUGCAGUGAAAAACAUCCCCAUAGCGUCGCUGUCUUUUCAAGAAGAGGAACAAUUCAUUCAAGUGCUUCGGACAGCAUCAAAACUGAGACACCCAAACAUUAUAACACUACUUGGUAUCUGCAUUGAGAACAGGCAGCAUCUUCUUGUCUACGAGUAUGUAGGAAACCUAUCUCUCUACGACGCAAUGCAUGACGAGGUUUACAAGCCGCUUUCCUGGAGCUUGCGUCUCCGCAUCGCUGUAGGAGUUGCCCGAGCGUUGGACUAUUUGCACUCAUCGUUUAGCCCUCCGAUUGCGCACCGAGAUCUGAAAGCUGAGAACAUCAUGCUUGACGAAGAACUAAUGCCUCGUAUAGCUGACUGUGGACUAGCUAGCUUAAGGCCACUCACGAGCAACAGUGUUAAACUGAGGGCCUCUGAGAUAGCUUUACAGAACACCGGCUAUAUCGGACCAGAACACGUCCAAUCAAGAAGCAAUGGCACGAAGAGCGACGUCUAUGCAUUUGGAGUCCUCCUCUUGGAACUGCUAACGGGAAGGAAGCCCUUUGACUGCGCAAGGCCAAGGGAAGAGCAAUUACUGGUGAAGUGGGCAACGUGUAGACUGCACGACAGGAGGAGCUUGGAGCAGAUGAUAGAUGCAGGCAUUGCGGGCACAUUCUCGUCGAGAGUUGCCUCCCAGUUCGCAGACAUUGUAUCGCUGUGCACACAGGCAGAGGAGUUCAGGCCUCCGGUGUCGGAGAUCGUGGAAGCCCUGACGAACCUGAUGCAGAAACAGAACAAGGAAGCGAGCAGUGCAGCAGAUUGGUUGGAGGCUGACCCUUUCGGCAAAUCGUUCCGCUCCACUCACACCCGCUUCAUGGCUUCCCCCACCAUCAGCUAUCUCUCCGUCUGAUGCUAACCUCCCGUUUUUCUUUAUAGAUAGAAUGCCACACCAUCAUGUUUUCCCAAACACGCAGAAACAAAAGAAGAAAAAAAGGAAUACAGAUAAAUUCUGUAUAUUCUUUACACAUACACACACAUAUAUAUACACACGUGUGUGUGUGUGUGUUCAAUCUUGUGUACCACAAUCAUCGGUGUGUGCCGGCCAAACCCUACGUAUGCACCUGGAAUCUGCCGUGUCUUGCAAGACCAGCGUCUCUGCUGCAAAACCCUAA